AAUUCCCUACGUCUCUUUCAGAUAUUUUAUUCUGCGGCCAUAAUAAUUGCAUUAGCCUAUGCCCAACGAAAGCCUAACAUCACCAAACCGGUCGUGAACCUCGAGAAACGACCACGUAUUCCAGUAUGGCAUCGACCUCCCGAGGAGAGAAGAAAAUUAUCAUUUUUCCCAAAAAACAACGUAAAAUUCGUGGUCACCCCCAAACCUGUGAACGACGAGCCAAAGGAGUCACCAACUAAAAGGCCGUUAAUGAGAAAGUUUAUAAUGCAGGACAAGAACGAGAAAGGUACCUGGUCAUUCGCACCAAGAGAGCCUCUCAUGAAGACACAGAGAUUCACUGUGACUUUGGCACCACCUAAAUCUAGCAACCAAAAAGCCAUAGACCAUGUGGAAUCUAAAGAAUUAAAAAAGGUACCAAUUGUGAUUGGUAAUAUAAACACCAAGCCAAAAUCAAGUAAACAUCAUAAUAUAAACAAUGGACAUCUAAUUGAAUCGGUAAAAAUAAGAAAGGACCCUUCAGCAUCUAAAAACUUACAUAAAAUUGAACAAAAUAUUACUAAGGAAGACAUUUUACAAACGGCAAAGGCAAAUUACAUACAAACUACCCAACUAGUUCAAAAGAACGAUACUACUCGACCGACAUUUAGUAAAGACUUAAUCGAUGUUCAAAGUUUCAACGAUAGCGGUGUUGUUUUGGAUAAAAACGAAACUGGAGAGCAAUUCUCAAAUGAGUCAUCUUCACAUAUGACUGAGGAAGAGUUAUCAAAUGAAUCUUAUGCAGAUAAAUCUAUUAAUUCGGAAGAGAUUUCAAGUGAUUCCAUAAUUAAAAACUCCAACAGUUAUUCUGGUGAACAAAUCUCAGAUGAAUCAUCAAACAUAACCGAGGAAGAAUAUUUGAGUAACGAGUCUUAUUUGAUUGAUGAUAAUACAAAUGAAAGCAUUGAAACCUCUGGCAAUAUAACAGAAGAGGAAUCCUCAAAUGAAUCAUCAUCAAAUACGGCUAGCGAAGAAAUAUCAAUGGAGUCAAGUAUUGAAACAUCUUACAAUUUCACUGCAGUGCCACAGGAAUUGUUGAGUGAUAACUCUGACAAUAUAACUGAUGAAAGGAUACCUGAUGAGAUAGUGGCUAGUGAGCAAGGAAUGAGCACCGAAGACAUUGAGGAGGAAGCAUUAUUAAAUAGAUUUAAAAGGAGCAAUAACAUUAUUGAGGAAGAAAUUUUACCAACAACCGCCAGCAGAUUCAAAUACACAGACCACGAAGUCACACUUAAUCACGACUUGAGUUACAAAAACAUCAACGCCUGAAAUAAAGUGUGGAGCAAUUUCACUGACAGU